CGAAACAGCAAACAACUUUUGGCGGCAUCACAUUAACCUAACCUAAACACACACACACACACUCUCUCUCUCUCUCUCUCUCUCUCUCUCUGUGCAUUAUCUUGAGUUCUCAAUUUGUAUUGUAUCCCGAUCUGUCAAGCGCUGUAUUGAAGAAGAGGACAGAAGAGUAAAUGGGAGCUUAUUGCAACGAUGAUCUCACUCUCUCUCCCAAGUACACUUUCGCCUCCUCCCAAGAUCUCAGAUUCUCCAAGCACGUCCAUGACAAUGUCCACGGCAACAUUUAUCUCGAUCCUUUCUCUCUGAAGUUCAUAGAUACUGAAGAGUUUCAAAGGCUUCAUGAUCUUAAACAACUUGGGGUGGCACACAUGGUUUAUCCAGGGGCUGUACAUUCUAGGUUUGAACAUUCUCUUGGAGUGUAUUGGCUUGCUGGUGAGGCGGUUAACAAACUGAAAACUCAUCAAGGCUUGGAGCUUGGUAUUGAGCACUAUGAUAUGCAAACAGUGAAACUUGCAGGACUGUUGCAUGAUGUAGGCCAUGGCCCUUUCAGUCACUUGUUUGAACGGGAGUUUCUUCCUCAGGUUCUCAAGGGCUCUAAAUGGUCUCAUGAGCAAAUGUCAGUGAAGAUGGUAGACCACAUUGUUGAUAGGCACCAUAUUGACAUUGACUCUGGAACCAUUAAAAGAGUUAAGGAAAUGAUACUUGCUAGCUCUGAAUUUGCUCUACCAAAAAGCGCAAAGGAGAAGCAUUUCUUGUAUGAUAUUGUUGCAAACGGUCGCAAUGGAAUCGAUGUUGACAAGUUUGAUUACAUUGUCCGUGACUGCCGAGCAUGUGGUCUUGGAUGCAACUUUCAGUUUCCAAGGUUAUUGGAGACAAUGCGAGUUUUGGGAGACGAGAUAUGCUAUCGGGCUAAGGAUUAUCUUACCGUCCACAAAUUAUUUGCCACUCGUGCCGAUCUGUACAGAACAGUCUAUACACAUGCAAAAGUAAAGGCCAUUGAGUUCAUGGUUGUAGAUGCUUUGUUAAAAGCAAAUGAUUAUCUGGACAUUGCAUCUCAUGUUCUGGAUCCUUCUGAAUACUGGAAGUUAGAUGAUACGAUAUUAAAAACAAUUGAGACAGCUCCAGACCAAGAAUUAAGUGAAGCUAGAGAUUUGAUCCUUCGCAUUCGCAGAAGGGAUUUGUACCAGUUUUGCAAUGAGUAUGCUGUUCCUAAAGACAAAAUGGAAAAUUUCAAAGAGGUCACAGCACAAGAUAUUGUUUGUUCACAGAAAUCGAGUGGAGUGAUUCUUAAAGAAGAAGAUGUUGUUGUUAGCAAUGUCAGGAUCGAUUUGACUCGUGGGAAGAGUAAUCCACUAGAGAGUAUCAAUUUUUUCAAGGAUUAUGAUAGCGAGGAGAAGUUUUCUAUUCCAGAUGAACGCAUAAGCCACUUGCUCCCGACAUCUUAUCAAGAUAUGAUAGUGAGAGUAUACUCCAAAAAGCCAGAACUGGUUGGAGUGCUUUCUGAGGCUUUUGAAAAUUUUCAGCUCAAGACAUACGGGAUCAAAGCACAGGUACAUGCAACACCAGAGACGAAAAAACGGCGCAUAUGAGGACCAUGGAUGCAACUAUGCUGUAAGCUUUUCCCUCUUAAUCCUUUCUGGUAGUUACCGUACGGUUCACAAACCAGUUCUUGGGCGGGAUGGAAAGUCUUCUGUAAGAUGAGAUCUCAUAUUUGGAUGAGUUUUCGUUCUGGUCAUUGUGGGAAAAUUUGAGCCAACUUGAUAUGAUAAACGGGGAUGUAAUCCAGAAGGACGGUGUGAAUCUAUUUAUGUUAUUGGAACCUUUCCAAUAAAGUUCAUUUUACUCUCUCUUCUCA